CUGCAAACGACGUCGUCGAGGCUGGGACCACUGACCGGCACUCGUUCUCUCUCUUUGGACUCCAAUCUCUAGCCGAGAAUUUGAAGGGAAAUGGACCCAGGAUCGUUGAGCUUCUAAGUCAAAAUCCGCAAGUGGCAGACGAGGAAGGAGAGAAAAAUUCGAUCUUCGUUGCCUUUUGUCACUCGUUGCACCGACCCAGAAUUCCUGUUCUCGUGUUGUGCUUGUGUUUGAGCGGAUUUCAGUGGGGGUUCGGGACCAUGGGUAAAGGCGGCGGUUGUGUUCCGAGCAAGAAGAAGCUCUCCGGCGUCGCGGCCGCCGCCGCAGACGGCGAACGGGACGCGGCUCCGAUACCGGUCGAGGACCAAGCCCUGGAGGCAGAGCCGAAGGCCGCUCCGGGGGUGACGAAGUUGAGGAUCUUCAUCGUGUUCUACUCAAUGUACGGCCAUGUGGAGGCGCUGGCGAAGAGGAUGAAGAAGGGGGUCGACGGGGUGGACGGAGCGGAGGGGGUCCUGUACCGGGUGCCGGAGACGCUGUCGCCGGAGGUGCUGGAGAAGAUGAAGGCGCCGCCGAAGGACGAGUCGGUCCCCGUGAUCGCGGCGGCGGAGCUGGUGGAGGCGGACGCGGUGCUGUUUGGGUUCCCGACGCGGUACGGGUGCAUGGCGGCGCAGAUGAAGGCCUUCUUCGACGCUACUGGGCAGCUGUGGCAGGAGCAGAGGCUCGCAGGCAAGCCGGGCGGUUUCUUCGUGAGCACCGGGACUCAGGGAGGCGGGCAGGAGACGACCGCUUGGACCGCAAUCACCCAGUUGGCUCACCAUGGGAUGCUAUUUGUUCCGAUUGGAUACACCUUUGGUGCCGGUAUGUUCAAAAUGGACGAAAUUCGCGGGGGCUCCCCAUAUGGUGCUGGAGUUUUUGCAGGCGAUGGCUCGAGAGAGGCGACCGAUGUGGAGUUGGCGCUUGCGGAGCAUCAGGGCAAGUACAUGGCUGCAGUCGUUAAGAGGCUCGCCCUGGCUUGAUCGAUGAUUCGUCUUCUGAAUGAUGUCCACUUGGUUCUUUGCUUCUGUUUGUUCAUUCAAAUAACAAUAUCAUUUAUUCUUUCACGCAAUUUGGAGUUGUCAGAGUCGUCGAAAGUUUAUGGUUUGGUUCUCAUUUAAUGUGUCUUGUGCUCGAAAUUCUGUACAUGGAGCAUCAAAUCUUGUCACAUUGUUUCAACUGAUACUGGAAGUCCUAAAAUGAGUUUCCUUAUGAUGGAAUUUUGGCCCCAUGAAAGGGAUCAUUGGA